CUCAAGGUGUUCCUGACACCAAAACUAUUCCAGUGGGUCUAAGGAAGAUGCAAGAACAGGGAUUGAUCAAUCCUAUCAUUGAGAUAGAUCUGGCCACAGAGAGCAUUGAUUGGGAGAAGUUCACCACGGAGGACGUGUGCCAGCUGCUGACCGAAAGAUUCAAAUGGAGCCGAGCUUAUCUGUCCCCAGAUGCUAAGAUCCUUGUAAAUCUGCGGGACUUUCCGGACGCCAUGGUCUAUGAAAUGGAGCGGUUGUUUACUGUUGUGGACUAUCUUGCGUCCAGGCCUGCAGCUGAACGUCCUUUUGCAAUCAUGUUUGAGGAGCCAACAGGCAAGUUUUUACCCGAGGAGGUUGGAGCUUGGACUGCUGGUGUACGUAAGAUCAUGGAUUCCCAUGAGUGGACUUCUGGACACCUCUUGGCUCAUGUUCACAAGAAAUGGGCUCUUGGAGAAAUGGUGCAGCUUGAAUGCCUUGUCAACGGAGCUAACGGUAUCUGGGCAAGCCUCUGCGAGGAAGGAGCUAAUGCAUUUCAUUACAUUUCGGCUUAUAUACCUGAUAAGUGGGUUCUUCCAUGUUUAGAAUUUGGUCCCAAUACCAUUACAAGUGAUCUUCUGAGUGGUAUAACAUGCCUGAUAACUGUUGCGUGCCGCUAUCCUGUAAGAGCGGAUAUCGAGUAG